AUGACGUCUAACUGUGAGCUGCAAGGAGUGGUGUACAAUGGGAAGCACGGCUACUCAUCUGGAAUGGAGAAUAGUAGAAAAGUUGUACGGACUGCAAUCAAACAAAUACUGCAAUGUGUAGAUAAUUUGAUGAAAUCAGAGCAUGAUCAGUCCAGAACGAUAAGUAUAGCAGAGUUCGGCGCUGCUGACGGAGGCGUUUCACUGGAACUCAUGGAAGCUGUGAUAGAUCAUAUUAACCAACUAUCAAGCGGUAUCCGGGAUAUUACCAUUGUGUAUGAAGAUCAGUUAUUUAACGACUUCAACGUAUUGUUUAAAACGGUCAAUGCAGUCGGUUCUGAUAUGUGCAUGGAAUUGUCCGCAAAUGAUAACGUACACAUCCUAGCCAGUGCAACAUCAAUGUACCGGAUUUGCCUCCCAACUGGUUCAGUCGAUCUAGCAUUCUCUUCAAUGGCAAACCAAUGGCUGAGUAAAAAACCCUGUGAUAUCAAUGACGGGGUAUUCCAGGAUGAUUGUAACAACGAUGAACUGGAAUCAUUCCGACAACAAUGGCAGAUUGAUUGGCAACAGUUUUUGUGGUGUCGUGCUAAAGAACUACGAGAAGGGGGAUACUUAGCUGUGAUUUCUUUUCUGACUGACGAAAAUGGCCGCCGUAACGAGCAUGCGGGAGAGGAUUCGUAUCAUAUUUUCUCCGGUAUCUGGAAAGAGUUUCAGCAAACUGGAAAAAUCAGUGAGGAAGAGUAUAUCAACACUUCGUGUGUGACGUACAUACCGACCGAAGCAGAGCUGGUGCAGCCGUUCCACACCGACAUGAACGGAUAUCUAACUCUAGUUUCGUGUUCACAAAAAACUGUUGAGAUUCUUCCUUGUCCACCAAAUAACACAAGUAUCGAAGACAGAGAGAUGUUUGUGGACAGAUCACUUUGUUGCAUCAAGCCAUGGUUAUAUAAUAUCCUGGUGUCUGGUCUAUCCCCGGACCGAACUGAUGCUGAUAAGGAAAGACUACUUGAUGUCUACUUCAAGAUGCUUCGAAAUAUCCUCAUGCAAAUGACCACGUUCUGUCCUAUUAUCUACAGAACUGCCAGUGUGAUAGCCAAACGUACAUGA